CACAUCCUCCUAUAAGAGGCUAAAAUCAGACGGAGGUACAGAGUAAGCAGUAUCGGCAACGGGCAUCAUGAGCUCAUUCAUUUGGGGACUGGCCUGUGUCAUUAGCAUCCUGAUCCCAGGAAGCCUGGGAAAGGUAUCACCACAGAUGUCCCCAAGGGUCAAUGCCAGCUUGGAGAACGUCACAUCUACUGAGCAGGCCUCUGAGGAAGCACGAAGCACUGACAUUUCCCAAGAGGCAGACCAAAGCGUUCGGAGGUUGCCUCGACAGGAUGCGCGCAACAACUACUUGCCUCAGGGACGGCGGAACCUCAUCUCAGCAACUGCUGACACUAAUUCCAGGUUUUAUCACUCUGGGCCCUCUCGUCAGCAACACAAAGCAGAAAAGCAUCAUGCUUCUCAGCUGUAUGCUCAACAUCCCAAUUCUCCUGUAUCCAGCAGAACUGCCACAGUAACAUCGUCAUCAAACUGCAAGAACCGGCCAAUAGAUUUGGUUUUUAUCGUCGACAGCUCCCGCAGCGUACGCCCCGCCGAGUUUGAAAAGGCCAAGGAGUUUUUGAUAGACAUGGUGGACACCCUGGAGAUCGGCUCCGAUGCCACCCGAGUGGGCCUCGUCAAUUAUGCCAGCACAGUGAAGAUUGAGUUUUAUCUGAACACCUAUUUUGACAAGCAAGCCUUAAAACACGCAUUGGCCCGCGUUGAGCCCCUAGCUUCCGGCACCAUGACUGGCGUAGCCAUUAAGGCGGCCAUGGAGAAAGCUUUUAUUGCAGAGGCGGGGGCCCGAAUCGGCUCCACCAACAUCGCCAAAGUGGCCAUUAUACUAACUGAUGGGAGACCCCAGGACCAGGUGGAAGAGGUGUCAGCGGCAGCUCGGGCGUCCGGCAUCGAAAUCUAUGCGGUGGGAGUAGACCGAGCAGAUCUGGGGUCACUCCGCCUCAUGGCCAGCCAGCCUCUUGAGGACCACGUCUUCUACGUGGAGACGUACGGUGUCAUAGAGAAGCUGACGGGCAAAUUUAGGGAAACCUUGUGUGGAGUGGACGCAUGCGCUCGCGGGCAUAAUUGCCAGCAGCUCUGCGUCAGCAACGGUAACUCUUACAACUGCCAGUGUUGGGCUGGUUACGUCUUGAACGCAGACAAGAGGACAUGUUCACGUCUGGACGCAUGUGCCCGGGGACAUGACUGCCAACAUGUUUGUGUCAACAGCGGUGACUCUUACGUCUGCAGAUGCGCAUUGGGAUACGUCCUGAAUGCAGACCAGAAAACAUGCUCACGUUCAGAUCCGUGCGCUGAUGGACACGAAUGCCAACACAUUUGUGUUGACAAUGGCGACUCUUACAUCUGUAAAUGUCAUCCUGGAUAUACAUUGAAUCCAGACAAAAAAACAUGCUCACGUAUCAUAACAGAUCCGUGUGCCAGAGGGAAUGACUGCCAACAAAUCUGUGUCAACAAUGGCAAUUCCUAUUACUGCAGAUGUCAAGCAGGAUACGUACUCAACGUGGAUCGGAAAACGUGCUCACGUCCGGAUGCUUGUUCUCUUGGACACAAUUGCGAGCAUAAUUGUGUCAACAGCGGAGAUUCGUACAUUUGCACGUGUCGUACGGGAUAUGUUUUGAAUGCAGAUGGGAGAACGUGCUCACGUCCGGAUGCUUGUUCUCUUGGACACAACUGCGAGCAUAAUUGCGUCAACAGCGGAGAUUCGUACAUUUGCACGUGUCGUUCGGGAUACGUUUUGAAUGCGGAUGGGAGAACGUGCUCACGUCCAGAUGCUUGUGCUCUUGGACACAGCUGCCAGCACAUUUGCGUCAACAGCGGAGAUUCGUACAUUUGCAAGUGUCGUACGGGAUACGUUUUGAAUGCAGAUCGGAGAACGUGCUCACGUCCGGAUGCUUGUGCUCUUGGACACAGCUGCCAGCAUAUUUGCGUCAAUAGCGGAGAUUCGCACAUUUGCAAGUGUCGUACGGGAUACGUUUUGAAUGCAGAUCGGAGAACGUGCUCACGUCCGGAUGCUUGUGCUCUUGGACACAACUGCCAGCAUAUUUGCGUCAAUAGCGGAGACUCGUACAUUUGCAAGUGUCGUACGGGAUACGUUUUGAAUGCAGAUGGGAGAACGUGCUCACGUCCGGAUGCUUGUGCUCUUGGACACAACUGCCAGCAUAUUUGCGUCAACAGCGGAGAUUCGUUCAUUUGCAAGUGUCGUACGGGAUACGUUUUGAAUGCAGAUGGGAGAACGUGCUCACGUCCGGAUGCUUGUGCUCUUGGACACAACUGCCAGCAUAUUUGUGUCAACAGCGGAGAUUCGUUCAUUUGCAAGUGUCGUACGGGAUACGUUUUGAAUACAGAUCAGAGAACGUGCUCACAAGAAAUGAGGAGUGAAAUAACGCAAGAUGCCUGCAAGUGUGAAGCUCAGAUACUGUUCCAGAAAAAAGUGCAGACGACCAUUCAAGACUUGAGCCGAAGACUGGAUGACCUUUCAGAACGAAUGAACCAGAUUGAGGACCAGCAGCAGUAUUAGGAGCUGCGAUGAUGUCACGGGACCAGCGUAGAAUUUGUAAACUUGAUUCUUUUGUAACUUUCCCGUGGAAUGAUUUGAAGUCGUAGAAAAAGACACUAAUAGCACUUUGGUUUUAUAUUAAAACCCCUAUAUUUACUACAUUCAAAAGACGUGCAUGUAUGUGGUCAUUCAGUCAAUGUAUUCAUUGUUUUUUGAGCAGGUUUAUUCUCAGAGGUCCACAUCUGUGAGCAUCACAUUGUCAUUGUUGAUGAUUGUUCGACUCCAUUGGAUCACAGCAAUACUAAACCGAGAAAAGAUCAAGUCGCAUGUAGAUGGCCUGCCUGUACAUGGCUCAGUUACAGAAUACUCUAUGGUGCAUUUCUUCUGUCUCUUGUCAACUUUAGAAUACGUUUCAAUAUAUAGUUUAGUUUUAUUUAUGGCUGGAGUUAAGGUAGACAUUGAAAGGAGAAAGGCUGAACUUUUAUGAUCAUCAGCCCUGUUCAAUUGUUUAUGUAACCUAUUCAAAGUAUGCUCAUUGUAAGUACUGUAUUUUCUGCUUUUGUCACUUAGAUGGUUGUGAAGAAUUUAGGAUUUUGUACUGAUUAUGUGUAAACUGAUGCCAUGUACAAGAAAUGUUUGAGUGACUUGGUGUUGUUGGUGCUUCUUGAAUAAAUAUUCUUAAACCAUU